GGCGGAACUGCCAUCUAGGAGGAAGCCAAUUAUUACUGGCGAGAAAAGCUAACCACCAUCGCCAUUGAAGAACCCAUGGUCAUCGACGACGAGGCUUUGUUUUGCGUAUUCCAUUGCAUGCAUCAUCAGGGAGCUCUUGAGCUUGAUCUCGCAUCAUAUAUUAUGAUGCAUAAUGAGGCAGUAGGAGCUUGGCGGCGAGCUCAGUCGGGAGGCGCAGCCCACCAUCGCCAGUGAAGAACCCAUCUUCAUCGUCGUUUUUCGUCGCCUUCGUUAUCAAUGUGGAACUAUGUCGCCAUCGCCAAUAGCUUGUGCAUGACGCGCCGUCUUCCUGGCAAGUGAGAGUGAGGAACCCAGAUUCGCAUCUUUCAGGAGGUAUGAAAAGACUUGUAUGUGCCUGGGGACAGCGAAGACAUAGUUUUCUUGUGAAAUGUUGUUGUUGAUUUGCAUUUUCCUUCUCUUUGACGGGGGGCAUUUCUUGCUGCCUUCUUCUUUCAUUCCUAUCGAUCUUACGGAGAGAAGUUGUUGCCUGUUCUUGGAAUUCCCUUCUUCCCGUUAAGCAUUUCUUGCUUAACGGAUUGGAAGAGAUUAGAACGUGAUAGGGAGUCGGGGCGAAGGGAUCUGAUAGAUACUUCUGCACACACACACACACAGAGAGAGAGAGAGAGAGAGAGAGAGAGAGAGAGAGAGAGAGAGAGAGAGAGAGAGAGAGAGAGAGAGAGAGAGAGAGAGAGUCUUACUGGGAAGCGAUGGAAGUUCCUCGAGCGUACUCGAAUUUAACGUCUUUCUUCCCUUCCCUGAAGCAAGGGGUGGCUGGUGGUGGAAGUAGGGUACGGGUAAUUGGUAGCGGUGGGGAGGUAUCUGGCAAAGAGGGUUUAUCUGGGAAGGAGGGUGGUAAUUCUUUAGACGAAUGUUUAAAAGAUAGGGCAUCGAGCGGUGGAGGUGCUCUUCUUUCGUCUCGUGGCAGUCCUGCUGCUCUGCCUCCUCUUGCCAAGCCGUCCCCUUCUAACAGCAAGCGCACAGCCGCAAGGAUAAGUGGGAUCCGGACUGCAGAUGCCCUCAGCGCCAGGAGGGAUCCCGCGGGUGUUACCUUAGACUGGCAGUCGACCACAUCUGGUCUCGAUGCAAAUGCUGACGAUGAAAAUAGCGGCAGCGAGAGCGGUCCAUCAUCGACGUCUGGGAAAUCGAACGCCUCGUUGAGGAAAUGUCUUGCAGCUGCUCGACUAGGGGGCCAAGCAGCGGGCGGCAUCGUCGCCCAAGGACGGGGUGGUGGAGCCGAAACUGGAAGGAAAAACGUUGAAAUCGUGGCAGAAGGGAGGGGAGUAGAAGCAGGAGGAGAAGUAGGAGGAGAAAGUGGAGGAAGAGGAGGAAGAGGAGGGAGAGGUGGAAGAGGUGGAAGAGGAAGAGGAGCAGGACGGGUAAGAACGCCUUCCUCUGCCGUUGGAGGGUUGGUACACGUGGGUGCCUCGGGGGAAAAGGGGGGGAAGCAGCAGCUCCAGACUUCUAUACUGCAAUUCGGUUCGCUUUGCGCCACUACGCCAGCGAAGUCCGAUACGGUGCCACAAAGCAGGAAGAGAGCUAGGGAGGAGGUUGAAGAACAAGAGGAGACGCGAGGAGCAAUAAGCGGCAGACGAGAAGUGAACCGGUCUUUGACAGCGUUCUUCGACAGGGCAAACGCACCUGUCGCCAUCGCCGCCGUGCAGGACAGCGAGGUAGGAGAGAACGGCCAUGGUGGUGUGGACGAGCCUUCCUCGAAGCGAGUCGCUCGGAGCCUACAUUGCGACUUUGGGGCGAGCAGGAAGGAUGGGAGCUCUGCUUAUGCUGCUCUUCCUACGCCAGGAGAAGGGCAGAAAUGUGAUGAUGGUUUGCUUGAGAGCAGCAACGGAACGGCUAUGGGGGCAGAUGGACGAAUCUCCGCGCGACACGUGGCUGUUCCUAAGGAUGCUGGGGCGGAUCUUGGCGUUAAGGGUGCAAGGCUUGAGAGAGGAGAGAAGAUGGAGGAGAAGGUCGCCACUAGGAGUGAAGAAGAUUGCCAAAGGGUGCACAGGAACGAACUUGUGGGUCCGGAGACCCCUCCCCGUGCGGGGGAAUGUGCCGACGACCCGACUGCAGAGCGGCUGUGCGAGAAGGCGCAGGAGGUAAGGGCAGCCCCCGCAUCGGUAGAAUGCAUAGAGCUUAGCGGAGACGUUGAGGCUCGAGAUGGAGAACGUGAGAGCAGCGACGGGCAAGAGGAGCAGUCGUCCACCAGAAAGAAGAACAGCGUAUAUAUGUCAAGGCAAAAAAAGGUCUUAGGAGCUACGACCGCGAGGCUCACGAGACGGCAUGAGGAGGAGGUUCUCUCCGCUCUUAAGGAGAGUGGCGGCCGAGCCACACCCUUCCGUUUAAGAUCGGCUCAAAAAGUAAGCGAUGGGGCCAUUGCCACUCCACCUCUCCUGCUCUCAGAGAGGAGGACUUCGUCUCGCCUUGCCUGUCGAUCUGCCAAUGCCAAGCUUAACUGUCCAUCGUCGUACCGCAAUCCGGACCGGAUGGAUGGGACCCCGUCGGCAAAGAUUGGCCUUCUUGGCCGGACCCCAGCAGCGAAGAAAGCAUUGUUCACACAGGAGAAGACGACUGCUGAGACGCAAGGGAAGCUGCAGCUGGACGAGGAUGAAGAGGAAGAGGAAAAUAGGAAGACGAAGCAGUCGAAGAAGAAGAAGUCUGCUGGCCCGAAGGCCAUCGAAAAGAAGAAGAACGGUGCUUUUUCAAGCGGGGAGAGGAACAAGAAAAAGCGGGGGCUCAGUAGCAGGAGCAGCAGCGGGCAGAAACGGUGUAAGAUGGCUGAAAGAAGGUACUUCACGAAGAUCAAAACGAGAGGAGUGGUGUUCAGUAUCGGCGACGAUGUGUACGUCAGGAGGAAAGAAGGCGAUGACGAGACAAGCGACAGCGAGGUCGAGCUUGAGGAGUGUAAGAUCUGUGCUGUGGCGGACAAGAGCUUGAUGAUCGAGUGCGACGGAUGUCUGGGGGGGUUCCAUCUUACUUGCCUGACGCCGCCGUUGAAGGAGGUACCGGAAGGAGACUGGUUCUGUGUCAACUGCCUAGAGAGAGAGAAAGAGGGGAGGGAGGGAGGAGGAGUGGGGCAGGUGGUACCGGUGACGACGACGGGAGGUGUUCCGGGUCCGCCGGUUUCGGGUGCUUCGAGGCGCACUCGCUCCGCUCGAGAGAGGUUUUUGGCAAGCGAACUGUACAUGGCUCGCAUAGAAAGCCUCUGGCGAGAACCAGAUGGCAGCUACUGGUUCCGAGGGAGGUGGUUUGUCGUUCCAGAGGAGACUCACACUGGCAGACAGAAUCAUCACGGCCGCAGAGAGGUCUUUCGCACCAAUACGCGCGACGACAACGAGAUCGAUUCGGUCGUGCGGCAGUGUUGGGUGAUGGGACCGGCAAAGUACAGCAGCGCCUCGCGAGAGGGGGACGAUGUCUUCUUGUGCGAGUACGGGUACGACGAAGCGUGGAAGCGGUUCCGCAGAAUCAGUACGGACGACGACGAGGAGGGAGAGGGUGUGGAGGAGGAGGAGGAGGGGGGGGAGAGCUUGUCUGAUGAUCUGAGCGAUGAUGACGCCAGUUUCGUUCAGGGCGACGCCUCCGACGACGUCGAUUCGGACACAGACGAGGAUGAGGACGAAGCCGAGGCGGACGAGGAGGGAGAGGAAGCGGGUGAUGAUGGCGAUUACGAGGGUGGAGGAAGGAAGGCGUCAACGAAAACGAGGAAACGAAGAGGAGGGGGAGGGGGUGGUGGGAGGCUGGCGGAACCCGUCAAGGGGAAGUCGACGCGGCGAGUCGCUGCGCCGAAACCUGCGACGGCCGCUGUCGGGGCGAACAAGCGGCGGUACAGGCAGCUCACGAUCGAAGCUAUGGGAGCCGUCGAGAUACCGACUCUGGCGAGGAGGAAGGCGGUAACGGACUUCGAGAAGGCGAGGGCGGCUCUGGCGCUUGCCACGCAUCCCAAGCACCUGCCAUGUCGGGAGAGUGAGCGUGCCGAAGUCACCGCUUUUGUAGAAGAGGCAAUAUCGGCGGGGGACAAGUGCUUGGGGCGUUGCCUGUAUAUCAGCGGAGUUCCAGGGACGGGGAAGACGGUGACGGUGUUGGAAGUGAUGAGAGCGAUGAGGAGGAAGGUGGAUAUGGGGCUGCUUCCUUCCUUCCAGUUCGUGGAGAUCAACGGGCUUAGGCUGCCGACACCCCAGCACGCGUACUCAGUCCUCUACGAGGCGUUGACAGGUCAGCGACUGGGCCCUCGCUCCGCUUUGGAGAUGCUGGAGAAUCGCCUCCUGCAGACAGCUGGCUUUGGCACCGCUGGUGGUGGUGGGGACCACCACCACCACCACCCUCGUCGCCCUGGUGGAAAGGCCUCUGCCAGAGCCGGCGGUGGGGACCACCACCAGCAGCAGCAUCGUCCUUGCGUCCUCCUCGUCGACGAGCUUGACCUCCUCGUCACGCGCGAUCAGGGCGUUCUCUACAAUCUAUUUGAUUGGCCUACUCGACCCAGUUCCCGCCUCAUCGUCAUCGGUAUUGCUAACACCAUGGACCUUCCCGACCGGAUGCUGCCCAGGAUUGUCAGCAGAAUGGGUCUUCGCCGUCUGUCCUUCAGUCCGUACACUCACACCCAGCUCGAGAAGAUCAUGAACGCUCGCCUCGCCGGCAUCGACGUCUUUCAAGGAGCCGCUGUUGAGCUGGUGUCUAGGAAAGUAGCUGCUGUUUCUGGCGACGUCAGACGGGCUCUUGAGCUAUGCCGGCGAGCAGCGGAACUUGCCGAGGAACGAAGUCAGAAAGCUGCUGCUGCUGCUGCUGCUGCCUCUGAGUCAUCAGAGACACAGACCGUGCCAGCGGCCGGUCGUGCUGCCGCAGACUCCCUUCCUCCUGCUGCAGCUGCUAAGUCCUCUUCGGAUGUAGGGACCACCACCACCACCAGUCGAGGCAUAAUAUCUCAACGUCGUGUCUGCAUGUCCGAUAUUGAUGCAGCCAUCAAGGAGACGUUUGAAUCUCCUCACAUGCAGCUCAUCAAGAGGGCAGCUCGACACGAAAAAGUGUUUCUUGUGUCCAUUCUGCUAGAGCUGCGCAAGAGUGGCAUGGCCGAGACCACCUUUGAGCGGGUAUCGGAACGCCACCUUGAGCUCUGCAGAGUCAAUGGGGAGAACCCUCCCAGUUUCGAUAUGCUCCUCAACAUUGGUUGUCGUCUGGGCGCCUCUCGACUGCUUCUCUGUGAAGGUGGACAGAAGCACAGACUGCAGAAGAUUCAACUCAACAUCCCCACCGAUGACAUCAGCUUCGUGCUGAUGAAGGACCCCCAACUACCUUGGCUUGUCCGUUUCUUGUGACGAAUCCAAAUGUUGGGGGGGGAGGCCACGGGGAGGGCGCAGGGGGAGGGGGGUGAAAGAGGCAUGGUCGCCUCUCAAGAGAAGCACAAGCUGCCGAAGAUGCACCUCAACAUCCCCAGAAGUGAUGCCAGCUUCAUGCUGAAGGAGGUGGUUUUACUACUUUGGAUUGUCCGGUUCUUGUGGGGCAGCCUUAGUUGGAUAAGGGCGGGAAGAAUGCGGUUGGAGGGGGGGGAAAUUGGGGGGGAGACAACAACAAAGACCGUGAAAAACA